AGAGCACAGCAGAUCACCUGCGGGUAUUAACUGUAUACCUUUCGAGGAGUUUAUUUACCCCAACAAUAAGCACUUUUAUCCUUAGACACUUUACACAUUUUUUAAUUUAAGACUUUUUGGAGCAUGUUUUUUAUUUGUACGAGUUCUCAACGUUUCUCUAUGGAAGAACGCGGAAACAAAAUUCAAGUUGAAAGUCAUUUCAACCAGAGAGAUGCUUUUAGAGAAUCCUGAAGUUUUCAUCUAAACCGGUUAGGGUGGAGUUCACCUAUCUUGUGUUCACUUCAUCGUCUUUCGACACAUUCUGCAUCAGCUUUACCGUCCUGUGAUUUCGACUGCAACUAUAAACAUGGUUGGGUUCAGAGCUGGUGACGUUCCUCCUACUGCCACCGUGAAGUUUAUCGGCGCAGGAACCGCAGCAUGCAUUGCAGAUCUCUUCACGUUUCCAUUGGACACAGCAAAAGUUAGACUUCAGAUUCAAGGGGAGAACAAAGGCUCUGCCAACACUGGCCGUGGUCCGGUGAAAUAUCGAGGCGUCUUUGGUACAAUCAGCACCAUGGUGCGAGUGGAGGGCCCACGCAGUCUCUACAGCGGCCUGGUCGCGGGACUGCAGCGUCAGAUGAGCUUUGCUUCUGUACGCAUCGGCCUGUACGAUUCAGUCAAGCAGUUUUACACCAAAGGCUCUGAUCAUGCUGGGAUUGGCAGUCGAUUGAUGGCUGGUUGUACGACUGGAGCCAUGGCUGUGGCUGUGGCUCAACCCACUGAUGUGGUGAAGGUCCGGUUUCAGGCUCAGGUCAGCGCUGGGGCUAGUAAACGUUACCAUGGCACUAUGGAUGCAUAUCGGACCAUUGCAAAGGAAGAGGGGUUUCGUGGUUUGUGGAAAGGUACUGGCCCAAACAUCACCCGCAAUGCUAUAGUAAACUGCACUGAACUGGUGACGUAUGACCUCAUCAAAGAUGCACUUCUCAAAUCUUCUCUGAUGACCGAUGAUCUUCCCUGUCAUUUCACAUCUGCAUUUGGUGCUGGUUUCUGCACUACGAUCAUUGCUUCCCCUGUCGAUGUUGUGAAGACAAGAUACAUGAACUCUGCCCAGGGCCAGUACAGCAGCGCCCUCAACUGUGCUGUAGCCAUGCUGACUAAAGAGGGGCCAAAGGCUUUUUACAAGGGGUUCAUGCCAUCCUUUCUGAGGCUGGGCUCCUGGAAUGUGGUUAUGUUUGUUACUUACGAGCAGCUGAAACGGGCCAUGAUGGCGGCACGCCAAAACUGGCACACUCCUCUUUAAGCAGAGAAUGCAGUUAUAGUUUAGCUUUUAUCCUGACCUGGUUCCGGAUUCUCCAUUUUCUUCAUUUUGUUUACAUCUAUUAAACUUGAUUGUUUUUUUUUGGUUUGCACAAUUCUUGAGUCUUUCCAACCAUCUGCCAAUAAAAUAAAAUUGGUGUUUUUAAGAAUUUCA